ACGCGCAGCUCUCGUAUACACUGAGUCCUUCUGAGCACUUCACUGUGGAUAUUCCGAAAGCAGAGGAGGACGGUGAACCCCUGUUCUUGGUGCUCACAAAACCUCUGGACCGGGAGUCGGUGUCGGAGCACCGCUUGGUGUUGACGGCGAGUGACGGGGGCAGGCCGGCGCUGAUGGGCACGGUGCAGCUGGUGAUCUCGGUGCUGGAUGCUAACGACAACGCGCCGCAGUUCAACCAGUCGGUGUAUAAAGUGCAGAUCCCAGAGAAUACGGAACGUGGCGCUUUCUUAGUAAGGGUAAACGCGACAGAUUUGGAUGAGGGAACGAACUGUAACAUCUCCUAUUCUCUUACGAACUUCUUCCCUCCUGAUGCGAAAGACAUGUUCGAAAUAGAAAAAAACAGCGGCGAGAUCCACCUAAGAAGUUCCUUAGAUUUUGAAGAUGCUGCUAUAUAUCGGAUGCAAGUAGACGCGCAGGAUAAGGGAAAUCCACCGCUGAGCGGCCACGGCAAGGUGGUGGUGGAGGUGGUGGAC